CCAUCUUUUGGACGCCACAGCAUACUCCUUGCCAUGGAGCCAGAGCUGCUUCUGGACACACGAUGGCUCCACACAGCCAUGCCACAGUUUCUGCAGCAGUUUGUGCAGGCUGCCUUCAUGGCCCUGCACAAUUUCGACACUGAGCUCAUCAUUGAGACCCUCUCCCUAUGUGCAGGAACAAGGCCCUUGCAACCGCACUCCACAGUGGAGAGAAGGUUCUGGAGGCUGGAUACCAGUUCCGACUGGUGAGACCAGCUGGUCAUGGAGUGGUGGGAUGACCAGCAGUGACUCCAAAACUUCAGGAUGAGGAAGGCCACCUUCAUGGAGCUCUGUGCCUGGCUUGUACUUGCCCUCCGUCGAUGGGACACCCACCUGUGGUCCACCAUCCCCCUGGAGAAGCAGGUCAUCAUUGCUGUCUGGAAGCUCGCCAUCCCAGACUGUUACUGGUCUGUGGGCAACCAGUUCAGCGUGGGGAAGUCUGUUGUCAGGGCCCUCCUCAUGGAGGUGAUGAAGACCAUAAACUCCAUGCUGCUGCACAGGGUCAUCUGCCUAGGAGACAUGGGCUCCAUCGUGGCUGGAUUUGCUAUGCUGGGCUUCCCAACUGUGGAGGGGCCCUAGAUGGAACCCAUAUUCCUAUCCGAGCACCACAAUAUCGAACCGCCCAAUACAUCGACCAAAAGGGCUAUUUCUCAGUGGUGCUGCUGGCCCUGGUCAACCACCAUGGGUACUUCAUAGAAAUUUUCGUUGUGUGGUCGAGGAGGGUGCACGAUGCCCACAUUUUCAGAAAUUCCAGCUUCUACAGGAAGCUGAAGGCUGGCACAUUCUUCCCCCAGCAUGACUUCGGGAUUGGGGACAUGCAGAUGCCACUGUGCAUCGUGGGGGACAUGGCCUACUGCCUCUUGCUGUAGCUUAUAAAGCCAUACAGUGGCCACCUGGAACCCAGCAGGGACCGAUCCAAUGCUCACCUAAGCAGGGCCCAUAUUCAGAUGGAAUGUAUCUUCCGGCACCUGAAGGUGUGGUUCAGGUGUUUCCUGACCCGCCUCGAUGUGGGGGAACACAACAUCUCCGAGGUGAUCUCACCCUGUUGUGUUCUGCACAACAUUGUGGAGAGGAAGGGGAGGCCUUCCUACUGCGGUGGGAGGCAGAGGCUGGCUGGGAGGGAAGGGUCUUCAAGAAGCUGCGGACAGCUGCCAUCCACCAGGCCCAUCAGGUGGGGGUGCGCAUACAGAAGGCCCUGAGGGAGAGUUUCUCUGAAGGACCCCAGUAGCUCUCCCCAGGGCCUCCCCACUAGGGCCUAUGCUUUGCCUUCCUAUGCCUUUCCCACAACAGCCUGGCCCUUCGCCCCUUCUCUGUACAGUCAAU